GGGUACAGUCUGGGGUGUACCACAUCCUGGACGCCUCGCUGCCUGCUGUGCUCCAAGCAAAUUCCCGAAUAUUUUCAUCCCCCCACCCCUCCCUGCCCAGCCUGGCAGCAGCCCCCGAGAUUUGCUUAUGGGGUGAGUCCGGCCAUCAGCAACUACGGCCCUGCAAUUCUCCCGAAGGGAAGAGCAUCCGUAGAGGGAAGCCGAGUGGAGGUGGCGCCCCUCGAGAAUCGGGCCCCGGAGCUGAUGCCCCGUCUGCCGGGAGAUGACGCAUCUUGAGAGAGCAUCAUCCAAGAGCAUCUUCUCUCCCUGCCUCUCCUCCCCCUCUCCCAGCACUCAGCCUGCCAGAAGCAAAUGCAACCUGACAGGGCUCGGCUAUACCGCUGAAAUAUUUAUAUGUUCCCGCCUGGAAGUGCGGCAGCAGGAUCCCAGAUGUCCGGAGACUGUCACACACCCCUCACCUCACACACACACACACAUACACACACCUCUUCGCCCCCGCCCAGGCUGUGAGGGGUCCAGGCAGCCUGGGGUAUUCCUGCCCAGAGGCUUCCAGUCCCGUUGAGCCCCCCAGCUGGUCCCGGGGAGGGUGGCCAGACCACGGCUGACGCGUCCGACAGCUCUCUGUCCCCACCCUGCACCUCUCCCGGGCGCGUGGGAUCUGUGCCUCCAUCCCUGAUCGCCAGGAUGGUGGCAGGGGAAAGAGCCACCUCUCCAGCUGCAGCUCCACCUUCCCAACACUGCCAGAUGUGCCUCCACGCCGCGCUGCGCGGGGAACCGACUCCGGGGAUCCUGCCCUGCCGCCUCCACUGCUGACCCCCAACCCUGCGAGAUCCCUGACCUGUCCCUGCAGCUCCUCCAACGGCCCAGGCCGUGGACUGCUGGGUUCCCACCCCCCACGCUCAGCAUGCCCUUUUCUGAUGCAGCCAGGCCCUCCCAGGAAUCACUCUGGAGCUCGAGGCCAUCCUGCAGGGUAAGCAUUUUUCAUCCUUUCCAAACGUGAAAAGGCUGGCCAUCUGUCUGGACCCCCCUCCCGCCGGAUCAGCACGAGAGCGGCUCUUUGGGGAAGAAGGUGAUACGGCCGUGGUGCUGUCUCUGUGCCCUCCCAGCUAUUGCACCUCUCCCGGCCCCCCGGUAGGAAAUGGAGUCCAAGGUCUCCGAAGGCGGCCUGAACGUCACCCUCACCAUCCGACUGCUGAUGCACGGCAAGGAAGUCGGAAGCAUCAUUGGGAAGAAAGGAGAGACUGUGAAGAAGAUGCGUGAGGAGAGCGGGGCAAGGAUCAACAUCUCAGAGGGAAACUGUCCCGAGCGGAUUGUGACCAUCACCGGCCCCACCGAUGCCAUCUUCAAGGCUUUCGCCAUGAUCGCCUACAAAUUCGAGGAGGACAUAACCAACUCCAUGAGCAACAGCACCGCCACCAGCAAACCCCCGGUGACGCUGAGGCUGGUGGUGCCGGCGAGUCAGUGCGGCUCGCUGAUCGGCAAGGGAGGCUCCAAGAUCAAGGAGAUCAGAGAGUCAACAGGUGCCCAGGUCCAAGUGGCGGGGGACAUGCUGCCCAACUCCACGGAGCGGGCGGUGACAAUCUCGGGGACACCCGACGCAAUUAUCCAGUGUGUCAAACAGAUCUGUGUGGUGAUGCUGGAGGUACAGUCUGUAACAAAGGGGUCCCCACCAAAAGGUGCCACCAUUCCCUACCGCCCAAAGCCCGCCUCCACCCCUGUCAUUUUUGCAGGUGGUCAGGUAAGAGCCGACCCGCUUGCAGCCUCCACUGCCAACCUCAGCCUUUUACUGCAGCACCAGCCGCUGCCCGCCUAUACAAUUCAGGGACAAUACGCUAUUCCACACCCGGAUCAGUUGACCAAGCUCCACCAGUUGGCUAUGCAGCAAACCCCCUUUACUCCCCUUGGACAGACCACCCCCGCUUUCCCUGGAGAAAAGCUGCCCUUACAUUCCUCCGAAGAAGCUCAAAAUCUGAUGGGCCAGUCAUCAGGUUUGGAUGCCAGUCCCCCGGCCAGUACUCAUGAACUCACCAUUCCCAAUGAUCUAAUAGGCUGCAUAAUCGGACGCCAAGGGACCAAAAUCAAUGAAAUUCGGCAGAUGUCGGGAGCGCAGAUCAAAAUCGCCAACGCCACGGAAGGGUCAUCGGAGCGCCAAAUCACCAUCACAGGAACCCCAGCAAACAUCAGCCUUGCGCAGUACCUCAUCAACGCCAGCUCUGCAGACCCUGAUCCCCACGGGAGGAACACCUUCACCGCCUGACCGGAGCGCCGCAGCUGACGUGGUGCCAGUGGCUGACGCUUGAGCCCCCUCUGAAGACGCUGCCGGCUUCCCGUGAGCUUCUCCAACUCCUCCGUGGCACCCUUCGGGCCAGCUGCCCAAAUCCCCCUGCCCUGUGGCUGCCCAGGCCCUGCUGGGGCAGCAGCGGGGCUGGGGGGGCUCGAGCAGCAGCUCGCAGGGGGACAGCAGCUCGCAGCCAGCGCCCACUCCUGCGAGCCAGCGCUUCCCAUCGCCCCUCUCUGCGCUCCAUCACCAUCCCCCCCCGCGCCCCCGCCGCUUUGCGAUGUAU